AACUAGAAAGUCUUGCUUCAGGAACUUUGCCCCCUGGGGGAACUUCUUGCCGGUAGCUUUUCAGGACAGGGAGAAGAGGGAAAAAAGGCAUGAAGAAAAUUAUCCCCGGCCUGUUAAAGCCUCGUACCACACUGCCUGCCUUGACCUUCAGAUCUAUCCUCCACUGUGCCUACUGCCAAUUUCUGCCUCUCGCAUGACUUCUUUCCUUCAGGAAGACAAGAACUGACUGCUGUUCCAGCUUGCCGGUCAAAAGCAAGGAGCUGGAUGGUAAAUGGAGCAGCCAGGACACAAACCAGCACCCAUAUGGGAUCCCUGUGGAUGCAAGGCAAGGAUUUAGUCCCUAGGCUACCUCGCUGGUCCCCUACACUGCUUUCUUUGGCUCCUUGUGAUGUGGCCUCUCACUUGCAUUUAUUCUCCUGCCAUUGUGAUAUCACCUAUGAGAACUGAGCUGAGGGCCUGACCACAUGCCAGAUGUCCAACAAACGAGCCCAGGCUCCCACAGACCUUCCUGUCAGAGGCUCCAACUUGCACAAGAGGAUGGUGGUGGGCUCAGUCGUUGCAAUUUUGAUCUUGUACUUCAGGGUUUCCUGGCCCGAGAGAAGCCUCCCACAGCUCCCAGCACCCCGUCCUGUGAACAAGUCCAAAAAACCCCUCUCACAGGGACUGGCAAAUCUGACCCAACUUCUGUACUGGCCUCCAACCCCAGGAGAUGGGGGAGACCUUCUGGCUUCCACAAGCCCCCAGACCUCCACCUACUACCUCAGCGGUCCAGCCCAGGCUAGCUAUGCCCUCGGAACCUACCUGAAGGCCAUCCUCGUGGCCAGGGACCACCGGGGCAGGCCCAAGACCCAUGGUGGGGACCUGUUUCGGGCACAACUGUUGGGUUCCAUCUUAAACACGGGGGUCCCUGGGGAUGUGCAGGACUUUGAGAAUGGCACCUACCUACUGUCCUUCCCCCUGUUUUGGGAGGGGCAGGCAUUGGUACGCGUGCGGUUGAUCCACUCCAGCGAGGCAGUUGGGGUCUUGCGGAGAAUCUGGAGAGACUACUGGGCCACGGUUGAUUUCAGGGGCUAUUUCCGAGGGCCCAAAGGUUACGAAGAAAACGUGACCUGCAACGUGAACCCCGUGCUGGUUGGGGAGGAAAUACACGCCUGUCGCUACAAGGAUGAAGUCUCGGGUGAGCUCUGGUUCUGUGCUCAGCCUCCUACCCUGCCCUGCAACUCACUGGUAGGACACUCAUCUGGAGAUUACUGGAAUGUGACCACGCUGCAUGAAGAUGCUCUGAUGGCGCGGAAUGUGACAGACAAGGUCCUUCCGCAGGGCAUUCUUCCAAUCUGGGUGGCCAAGGAGGGCAACAGGAAUCUGGUCCUAUCCCCCCAGAAACCGUGCCAGCCCGGGAUCCUGGUCCCAAAGCCCUCUGGCUUCUACCACCGAAACGUAUGGCACUCACUGGCCUGCUCAGGCCGUUCCUUCCCCACGGAGGACAGCAUCCUGGGCUGCCUGACCAGCCGCAUUGUCCACAUGAUGGGGGACUCCACGCUUCGGCAGUGGUGGGAGUAUCUGCGUGACACCGUGUCCUCCCUCAAGCCCGUGGAUCUGCAUGCCACCUAUCAGGUAGGACCCCUGAUGCUGGUGGACACUGCCCGCGGCAUCGUGCUACACUGGCGGGCUCACAGCUGGCCCCUACGCUCCCAACGCACACCCGUGGCCUCCCUGCACUCCGUGGCCCAAGAGCUCAGGGGCCUGGCUGGGGGUCCCCACACCGUGGUGGUGCUGGGUCUGGGGGCUCACUUCACCACCUUCCCUCCAACCAUCUUUGUGCAACGCCUGGCUGGGAUCCGGGAGGCCGUGAUGGCCCUCCUCACCCGGGAGCCCCACACCCUUGUGGUCAUCAAACUGGCCAACACUGGUUACAAGUCCGUGUAUGGCAGUGACUGGUUCACCCUCCAGGUGAACCGGCUCCUGCGUGCUGCCUUCGCUGGCCUCCGUGUGGCCUUCGUAGAUGCUUGGGAAAUGACCUCUAGCCUGGCACUGCCAGACAGCAUCCAUCCAGGAAAGCUCAUCGUGCGCAAUGAGGUGGAUCUUCUCCUCUCCUUCAUCUGCCCCACCUGAUGCUCCUGAGGGGACAUGAGCUGUGCUGAACAGAGAGAGGCAUGUGUCACAUA